GGAGCGAGCAGGAGGAGGAGUGAAGUGUGGAUGCUUCGGUCGAGCCGGACUGCCUCAUUCACUCGAACUCAGCACAAGUUCUCUGACCAAGUUUCGUCGAGUAAGUGUUGGAAUGGCUGGAAGAGAAAUGGAGUUUCCCACCGGAAGGUUCUGCUGUGUGCUGUUGAGCCUCUUCGCAGGUUUGGCCUCGGGUCUAGAGAUCACAUCCACCGGGCCGACAUCAAUAGAGAAGGCCAGUGGUCAGAGUGUGAAGCUGGACUGCCAGUUUACUCUGGCCCCCGAAGAUUCUGGACCGCUGGAUAUUGAGUGGAGCUUGCUUGCGUCUGACAACCAGAAAGAGGACAAAGUGGUAAUCCUGUAUUCGGGCGACAGGUCCUACGAGGACUACUAUGAGCCAAUGAGGGGCCGAGUCCACUUCAACUCAGCCGACCCAAAGAACGGUGAUGCCUCCAUCAACCUGACGGGCCUGAAGUCGUCUGACUCGGGGACUUACCAGUGUAAAGUGAAGAAGGCUCCCGGGAUCCGCAGCAGGAAGAUGUUGCUGAUCGUCAUGGUGAAGCCAUCCAAGCCCAGGUGCUACACCGAAGGUCCCACGGAGGAAGGCAAAAACAUUGUGCUGAGGUGCAUGUCCAACGAGGGCACCAACCCCCUGCAAUACAGCUGGGAGAAGACCACCGACAGCAAGCUGCUGCCCAGCUCCGCUGUGAUGGAUCCAGUGGGAGGCACCAUUAAUGUGAAGAACGCAUCUGCCAGCGCAUCUGGCACCUACCGCUGCACUGCCACUAACCGGGUUGGCACUGAGGAAUGUGUGCUGUAUCUCAACGUGACGCCUCCCCCUAACACCGCAGGCAUCAUCGCAGCAGCCAUCAUUACCGUGCUCCUGAUUCUCCUCCUCAUUGCCUUCAUUCUCUUCUGCUGUUGCCGUGCCCGAAACAGGAAGAAGUACGAAAAGGAAAUCUGCAACGAGAUAAGAGAGGAUGUUCCUCCUCCAAAGAGUCGCGUCUCAACGGCGCGCAGCUUCACCGUGGGCAGCCAGCGCUCCUCCCUGGGCUCCAUGUCUCCCUCCAACCUGCACGAGUAUGCCCUGAAGCCCCAGUAUGACAAGAUCCCCUCGUCAGAGGAGUUUGAGAGGCCUCCGAGCCACACCCCUCUGCCCCCGCCCAAUGUCGCAAGGAUGGCCGGCCCCAACCUCAGCCGCAUGGGGGCCAUCCCUGUCAUGAUGUCUGCCCAGAACAGGGAGGGCUCCAUCGUCUAGCCUGUCAUUUUCUGCAGAAGGGGGUGUGCUGCACGGGGAGGGAACAGCAGAAGGGUGAUUGAUACGAGCCAAUGAAGACGGAGCCAGGUUAGGCCAACUCCCCUGACUUUUAGCUCCUCGUCAUUUACAUAUGGGAGUAUAACUACUCCUAUGAAGACCUGGUUCGGUUGCGGUACUAAGAGAAAUGGAAUUGUACUGGAAUCAAUACAGAGCACAUUAACUUUUUAUCAAAUACAGAAAAACUUCUAUGAAUUUAUCUUCCGGGACUUUCUCACUCAAAAAUUAAUAGGUGUGGGUAUAAAACAGAAUGGUCAAUAUACAAAUGAUAUUGUAAAUAAGCAAAUGCAUGUUUUUUGUUAUUGCUGUAGAGACAUUGUAUGUACAAAACCGUACCCAGGCCCUGUGUGUUUGUGUGUGUGUGAGAGAGAGAGAGAGUGUAUGUUUUUAUGAAGGAGAGUAUGGAUAUGUAUUGUUCUUUAACGUCUACACAACAGUAUGAUCAUAAGUCAGGUAAUCCAGUCUCUGCUCAUUUCUAACAUUUUUUUUUAAUUCCAUGAAUUUACUUUUUAAUGUUUUUUUUCCAACCUUUUGGACAAAAUGGCCUUAUUAGGACAUUAGCAGAUUUUUAAAUAGUCCUUCGACUCAGUUGAAAAAUGUCUCUUUAGGUCAGCCGGUUUUCCGUUGAAACAUUUGCGGUUUGAAUUGUCCAGUCUGGGUUUGCGAGGACCGGGGGCUGAAGUGAACAGGAUUGGCUGAGGUUCAGACCACAGCAUCUUAUGAUUGGUUGGA